AGAUACAGCUUGAUCAACUCCUUCACAUAAAUGGGUGCACCUGCGAACGACAUACCUAGCUAUCCGACCUUGAAUGAAAUUGCACAAGAUGAGGCCCUUGACGCGCUUGAUCCCCUUAGACAUUUGAGGAACGAUGAUCAUGAUACCUUUGGAGGCACCCAUGGAGAACUUGAAGCUGAUCCUGUAGUUCCCGCGCAACCCAGAUCCAUCUUCGAUCAAACGCUGCACCUUUCUUUCUCAGAUACGACUCAGCAAAACGACCACGAGAUCACCAUCGCACUCAAGGUAGACGCUUCCCCCGGAUGCGGUGGAAUCGCAUGGCCAGCUGGCGAAGUGCUUGCGAAUUAUUUAGCACUGCGAGGCCGCCAAUAUAUUGCUGGAAAGACAAUCCUUGAAUUAGGCAGCGGAACUGGCCUCGUCGGAUUAGUUGCCGGUGUCCUUGAAGGCAAGGUCUGGAUUACGGACCAAGCCCCUCUGUUAGAUAUCAUGCGUUGCAACGUGAAGAUAAACCAGCUGCAGUCCUCAGUAUCCGUGUCGGAAUUAAACUGGGGGGAUCCUUUACCUUCGGACCUACCUAUGCCAGAUCUGAUUUUAGCCGCUGAUUGUGUAUACUUUGAGCCCGCCUUUCCUCUUCUGGUACAAACAUUGUCCGAUCUAGCCACAGAGACAACAGAUAUCCUGUUUUGCUUCAAAAAAAGGCGCAAGGCAGACAAACGUUUUUUCGCUCUACUAAAGAAGAAAUUCAGCUGGACAGAGAUUAAAGAUGACCCAAAUCGCGAUGUAUAUUCCCGCGAAGCUAUCUCACUUCUCAUGCUGUCGAAACGGCAUUUAGGAACCGGACCUGUGCACAAUUGAUUCUCUCCUUCCUGGGUUUUCACGUUUUGCGCACGAGAGGGACGGAGGGGUAAUCCGGAACGUUGGGUGGAGAGAGCGAGGGAAACAUAAGCUCGGGCGGUGCACCAAAAGAAUGUAUUCACAGUGCUGCAUAUCAUAGCUUCACCAAGACCACAAGUAUGGGGAAAUGUAGAAGGACCAAUUAGAUAUUCAUCAUUUGCAAGUUUAGACAUGCCACUUGGACAGAUCGGACCUUGAUAUGAAAGGAAUAUCAGAAAAUAUGCUGUGCUCUAUGGACAAAUAUCUUUGAUAUCAUUAUGAAUCACGACACCAAACAACCAGUCAAAGUUAGACAUACCUUGUCCCAGCUCAUGCAGAC